AUGGAGCGCCAGAUCCAGGCCGCGGCGGAGCAUCGCGACGACGACGUCGGGUUGGGGAUGCGAAGCGCGGUGAGGAAAGUGAUUAUUUCGUCGGGCGGCGGCGACGACGACGACGGCGGCGGCGGCGGCGACGGCGGCGGCGGCGACGGCGACGACGGCGACGGCGAAGCGGAGUGA